GUCUGCAGUUUCUCAUGACUGUGAGCUGCAGCAGAAAAUGUCCCCUCCUCUCCCCGCCCCCACAUCUUGCCUCCAUUAUUCCCGUGUUUUCGAAGCAACUCCGGUGACAGCGUGAAACAAAGCUGGCAAGUGAAGGCGGGCCGCAAUACCUUUGAGCCAUUUCUUCCGGUCGUCCCCCUCGCUUGCUGACCGAUGGUACGGUCUCGCGCUAUCCGCACGUUCACACACCGUUUUGUGCACGGCGCCGGCAGCGAGAGGGGGGUCGGACGAGCCCCGUGAGAAGCUGCCUGCUUUCGGGAGGAGGAGGGUGAGAAAGCCCGCCUCGGGGACAACGCUCCGCGGUCGCCGUUAAUUAGUUACCUCCAGCGCGAAUGGCGAAGACGUGAGAUGUAACGUGUCUGUGGCGUUUGGAGGAUACCAGAUACAGUGAGCUGCGUCGGUUGUAACUAACGUUAACUAAUGGUCACUAACAUGGAUGCUGAUGUGCCUCCUCCCCUAGGCCGGCCGGGGGAAAGCGUGAUUUUUGAAGAUUUUCUGGCAGUAACAGGACUCGUUUCUUUUUGGGAUUAAUCAUUUGUAUUUUUCAUUUUUGUUGUCCUCUUGGAGCCGUUUUUUUUUGUGGGGAGCCUCGCAGAGAGCGUUUGUUUGCAAGAUGACAGAGGGGAGGCGAUGUCAGGUCCAUCUCCUGGACGACAGGAAGCUGGAGCUCCUUGUACAGCCCAAGCUGAUGGCUAAGGACUUGCUGGACCUUGUGGCCUCGCACUUCAACCUCAAGGAGAAGGAGUACUUUGGAAUUGCAUACACAGACGAAACGGGCCAUUUUAGUUGGCUUCAGUUGGACCGCAGGGUAUUAGAACAUGAGUUCCCCAAGAAAUCUGGUCCCAUUGUCCUCUACUUCUGUGUCAGGUUCUACAUAGAGAGUAUAUCUUACCUGAAGGACAAUGCCACUAUUGAGCUGUUUUUCCUUAAUGCCAAAUCCAUCAUCUACAAGGAGCUUAUUGAAGUGGACAGUGAUGUUGUCUUUGAACUGGCUUCUUUUAUUCUACAAGAGGCUAAAGGAGAUUUCACCAGUAACGAUGCAACCAGGUCUGACCUGAAAAAGCUGCCUGCUCUGCCCACUCAGGCCCUGAAGGAGCACCCAUCUCUGGCCUACUGUGAAGACCGUGUCAUAGAGCAUUACAAGAAGCUCACUGGGCAGUCCAGAGGGCAAGCUAUUGUAAAUUAUAUGAGCAUUGUAGAGUCUCUACCCACAUAUGGAGUACAUUACUAUGGUGUUAAGGACAAGCAGGGGAUCCCAUGGUGGUUGGGUCUGAGCUAUAAAGGCAUCUUUCAGUACGACCACCAGGACCGAGUCAAACCCAGAAAGGUGUUCCAAUGGCGUCAGUUGGAGAACCUCUACUUCAGAGAGAAGAAGUUUUCAGUGGAAGUUCAUGACCCAAGAAGUAGGGCGUCGGUGACAAGAAGGACGUUUGGUCACAGUGGCAUCGCUGUGCAUACGUGGUACGCCUGUCCUGCCCUCAUCAAGUCCAUCUGGGCCAUGGCCAUCAGCCAACACCAGUUCUACCUGGACCGCAAGCAGAGCAAGUCUAAGAUCCAUGCAGCGCGGAGUUUGAGUGAGAUCGCUAUAGACCUUACGGAAACAGGAACUCUGAAGACCUCCAAGCUGGCAAACAUGGGAAGCAAGGGCAAAAUUAUAAGUGGCAGCAGUGGCAGUCUACUCUCGUCAGGCUCUCAGGAAUCGGACAGCUCCCAGACAGCUAAGAAGGACAUGCUGGCAGCACUGAGGGCUCGGCAGGAUGCUCUAGAGGAGACUCUAAGAAAGAGACUAGAGGAACUCAAGAGUAUCUGCAUUAGAGAGUCGGAGCUGACAGGGAAGCUUCCGAAAGAAUAUCCUUUGGAUCCGGGAGAGGAGCCACCCACCGUCAGACGGAAGAUCGGCACCGCCUUCAAACUGGACGAGCAGAAGAUUAUUGCUGAGGGCGAGGAGGAGGAACUGGAGCGUUUGGAGCGGGAGUUUGCCAUUCAGUCCAAGAUUACAGAGGCAGCCAGGCGUCUUGCCAGCGAUCCUCACGUGAGCAGUAAGAAGCUGAAGAAACAGAGGAAGACUUCUUACCUGAACGCGCUGAAGAAGCUCCAGGAAAUUGAGAACUCUAUCAAUGAGUGCCGGGUCCGCUCUGGCAAGAAGCCUACGCAGAGAGCUUCGCUCAUCAUAGAGGAGGCCAACAUUGGUUCUGAAGACAGUUCAUUGUCUGACGCGCUGAUCUUGGAUGAUGAUGAUCCACAAGUUACAGGUACCCCCACCUUCUCUCCAGUAGCAUCGCCUCACAAGGGCCUCCCUCCUCGACCACCAUCUCACAGUCGACCCCCUCCACCUCAGUCCCUGGAUGGCCUGCGACACCUGCACUAUUCACGCCCUGACUACGAUAAAUCACCCAUCAAACCCAAGAUAUGGAGUGAAUCGUCACUGGAUGAGCCCUAUGAAAAAAUAAAGAAACGCUCCUCUCAUUCCAGGCGUUUCCCAAGCUCUGGCAGUGCAGAAGCAGGGGGUAGUAACUCUCUGCAGAGCAGCCCCAUCAGGAGCCUCCCUCACUGGAAUUCUCAGUCCAGCAUGCCCUCAACCCCAGACCUGAAGACCAGGACCCCACACUACGUACAUUCCACUAGGUCAGUGGACAUCAGUCCCACACGUCUGCACAGUAUCGCUCAGCACUUUAGGAACCGCAGCUCAAGCCUUGAGUCCCAGGGCAAACUGUUGGCGCCCGACCCUGACGCACACCCGCACACCCUGGGCACACUCGGCAGCCCUGACUUCUUCCUGGUCCCAGCACGCAACUCCAAUGGCUCUGACCCACUGGACGACUGCUCAUCCUGCACCAGCCAGAGCAGCUCAGAGCAUUACUACCCGUCUGGUGGACCCCCCAGCAGCAACCCCAACUAUUCCACUUUGGGAGAGGACUCACCCUCCAAAGCCAGGCAGAGACAGAGGCAAAGGCACAGGUCAGCAGGUCAGUUGGGUUCCUCCAACUCCGGCUCAAUGCCAAACCUGGCAGCUAAGAAUGGCUCAGUUGGAGGCUCGGGUGGAGGUGGGAUAGGAGGGGGACACCACGGAGUCUACCUCCACAGCCAGAGCCAGCCCUCCUCCCAGUACCGCAUCAAGGAGUACCCGCUAUACGUGGAGGGCAGCCCAAACCCUGUGGUAGUGCGCAGCCUGGAGAGCGAUCAGGAGGGCCACUACAGUGUCAAGGCCCAGUUCAAGACCUCCAGCUCCUACACGGCCGGAGGACUGUACAAGGAGGCUUGGGGGGGAGAGGAGGGAGGAGAGAGCAGCGGCCGACUCACGCCCUCGCGCUCUCAGAUCGUAAGGACUCCGUCAUUGGGGCGAGAGGGUGGUGGAAGCGGAGGAGGGGGGAGGAUAGCGGUGUCUGAAGAGCUGCGAUGCUGGUACCAGAGGUCCUCAGGGAGCCUGAAGGAGAGGAGUCACUCACAUUCGGGAUCUACAUCCUCCGAGACAGGGUCACAGCAAGGCACUCUGGGACAUAGUCGAGGGAGUAGAGUAGGGACACUCGCCAAGGGCUCACCAGCUGCAUCCCCUUGCAGCCAGAGGAGUGUGACGCCCUCCAGCGAACACGCAGCCACACCAACACCACCCUGUAGCCCACAGCAAAUCCUCAACUGGCAGAGCGGGUCUUUCAGUGACAGCUGUUUUCUCAGCAGCCCCUUGUGUUCAGAGCUGGCAGAUGUGCAGUGGUACGGACGUGACAAGGCCAAACCUGGAACCCUGGUCUGAGACCUUCCUAUAGGGCCCAGAAAAGUCCCAUUGCCCUCUCCUACUGCCUCUCCACUAUCCCUCACUACUACCCAUCGACAACCAACAACCUCAUCCUUAAGGCCCUACAAAAACCCUGCCCUGAGCGGACUGGCCCACUGGACGUGAGCCUCCCUCCUUCCUGAAUCCUGCCCUGCAUCCAUCUCACGACCUCUUUAUUAUGCCCCUCUGUCACAGCUGGGCUCUGAUUAGCGCUGAUUUCCCAGGACAGACUGAGAAGUGCCACCUCAACUGUUGAACUGUUGCGCAGCAGCACCACAGAGCCCGUUCUUUACUCACCCUCCACACACAAGCAAUGGGGCAAGGAGGAAAAAAGCGAUGGGAAGAGAGAGCACAGAAAAAUAUCAAACAAACAACUCAAACUCAGCAGACCCGACAUCGGCCAUUCCAGGAUCUGUUUCAUAUCUCAUCUUUGGUCCCCGACCUAACUAACUCCAGUGCACUGCCACCCAAUCAGAGGAUACCUGCUGGAUUUGAGCCACCAGUUUAAAACCCAUCUCCAGGCCCAAACAAACUGUGUUGGAUUUCACUAUUCCAUUAAUGUUGUUUGUCUUUUUUGUUUAUUUGUCCCCACAUAUUUAUAUUAAAAGAAGAUGACAAACCUUUCAGAAAAAUCCGGAUUAACCAACAUAUAGAUGACAAAUCAGCUCCUCUCAGUUUAACCCACAACCAAAGACAACUUACUGGAUCGACUGGUCACACCAGGGUCCCUGGGCUGGAGCCAUACAAUCAACUGUAUGAGAGGGAAUUCACAGUGACAAUAUGAGGAUGAUGUAUGGGACUCUGUCUGGGAUAUUGAUGAGGACUAUAGCAAUAACAAACAUUGUACAAUAUGAACUGGUUUGAGUCUACAGAGUGAAUUAAAGCAGGCAUUUUGCAGUGUUCUCUGCUCUGCGAUACUUGGAGUAGAAGAUCAUUAGUGCGUCGUCAGUGAAUUGGGAGUUGUGGUUAUUGGGUUUGGCAUUAACAUAUGCUUAUUUCAGUGACUUCAUUUUUACAAGUACUGCAACAUUUCAUUUUGGCUGUAGUUUUGAUAUAGAAACAAGACAUUCUGAUUCCACUGUUUCACAUUUUUCAUUUUCGCCCCUGGAAGUAAAUGAUUUUUGGCUUUUGACAUCUGUUGGAAUUACUUGUGGUUGAUGUUGAGGCUGUUCAAUUAUAUAUCUCUAUAGUGAACCAUCUCUGUUAUCACAAGUGUCUCUUCCUCUCUGCUGCUCUUGAUUCUGUACCGGUUCUUCUGUCAGUCCCUACUUGUAGCACUGCGCUUGCUCGUCUGUCUGUCCACCUCUUCAACAUGACAGGAGCAACCUGACUGGACACAGACGGAGUGAACUCAAUGCCGACUACAACACACACACUGUGUAGUACAAACGUGCCAACAUGUUGGUGCGUUACAUUUGUACUGUAAUUCAGCACUGAGACCGCCCCUCCUUCAAGCUACAAACAGUAAAGCCCCUCAGUCUAUAGCCAUCGUACAGACACUCAGACAAAUAUAGUAGAAAUUAUUCAAAUGUACUUUGAAAAGCACAACAUUAACAGUGUAUAUGAGGGCUGGACAUACAAUUAGUGAAUUUUCAUUUCCCACUUUCAAUAUAUUAAUAAGGAGUUGUAUCAAAGUGCAUAAGAGGAAGGUAGAAACGCCAGAACCACGGACAAGGUUUUAUACUAUAGUGCUCUUUCGAGGACAUCGACUAAUUUUAAGUUCGGCAAUAUUUAAUCCCCACUGUCAAAGCAGAAGAGAAGCCAUAAGCAGAACUGAAACACGCAAUUAUUUAACCCUCUCAAAUGGAGAGAAUUAUUCUCUCACUCAUCCCAAUCAACAAUCAGAUAUUCAGAUCAGGGUUAGAAAAGCACAUCUGGUUUUGUAAGAAGGAAGUAGACCUCUGCAUGUUUUAUUUGUAUCUAACUCAAUGUCCGCCAUCUUCCCCGUAACCAGAGUCAAUAAAAUGUUGUAUCAUUGUUGCAAAAAAAUCUGAAUUGGUGUUAACUCACUAAGAUGAGGACAGAUUCUACAUCUCAGUGAUACAGAGAAGUGGUGGUUUUCAGUCUUACAGCACCAUUAUGUCUGGAUAAAUGGUGCAACAUGUGUUAUGGCAUGGGAGCAACAAGGUGCAUCUUAGUCUGUCCCUCAUAGUGUUGUUUUUCCUUUAUGCACUCACACCAGUUGUUGUAAUCUGCCGCUUCUAGGCUAUUUAAAUAAGAAGGUUUAGUCCACUCCCUGCAUGGUUGGUUCUCCAAGAGUUACCCACCCAUGCCUGGUCAGAUUUGAUCAGUUUUCACCCAGGAUUGCAACCAGCACUCCCUGGCUACCUUAUUAGAGUGCUAGUUCUUACCCUGCUUUGCUCACUCAAAGUCAUUGCCCACUGUUAGUGUGCUAAGACACAAUCCCAUGCAUGUCCUGCAGAUCCACUGACAAAACCCCCCAGAGACAUUCAGCACCCGUCUUCUGUACGCUAACAUUAGCACAUCUUGCUCCAUUGUGUGCCCCAUCUCGACCUUGUGGUGAUCUCUGACCUCUGAGCCCGAUGUGAAGAUGUGUGACGUCCCUUCUCUCUGUAGCCCCAAAUACCAUAUUUUCUGUGCUUCAUAGAAAUGUAUGAGGUUUCUUUUGUAAUACUCCAAGAGAAAUGAACUAACUCUUUUAUCAGUCCUUUCCUGUAUGUACGGAGGGGCACUGUACGGUUUUGUGGGGUUUUUAACAUUCACAUUCAUUGUUUUACAAUGUUCCAUUUUAUAUGAACCAGUAUUGUUUUUGUUUUUUUUGUUCUGUAACAAUGCAUUCAGGUGCUACAAAAUGAUCAGUUACUGCUUCAUCACGUAGGAUCUAGACAUCUUCAUUGUUAUCAAUAGAUUCAAUUUACCAGAUUUGCAAAAUUAAGCUUAUUUUAACAGACAGUUUAAUAGUAGAAUACACUUCCCCAGACAAUAGAGCAUGUAACUUGAUUUCAUCAGUUAUGUUCAACUGUAACAAUACAUUAAAGGUGUUGUAGAAAAAAUGUGGAAUUGACAAAAAAAAUUAAUGAAUUCCACAGUUAAUUUAUUCUUUUUUUCUAUUAAAAUUUGUAUAGUAACUUUACAUUUUUCAAAACUGUGUUGUUGGAAAUUGAUGAUGAAUUUUCAAGAUGAGAAGCAUUGUUGGUUCUUGAGAGUAAAAAAAAUAAAUUAUUGAUGAAUGUU